CAUCUCCAGAAAUCUUUCAGCGGCAGUACGAGACAUCUUUCUACAUCCACGACGCCCUUUGCAAUUGACGCAUGCCUCCCGCUCGACUGUCCUUCCUAAGCGGGACGCUAACGCCAUUCUUGUAUCCUGCGUUUUUCGAGUCACCACUUGCUUCGGUCGCAUGCAGAAGUCGGGUUCGCAAGAGAUUCUCACUCCAUUUAAGAUGCAACUCUACAGCUACUGGAUCUGUCAAUGUUCGACCUGACACACAGCCAUCACGACUGGACCCUACAGCGGACGAUUACUCGCUGGCCCCUUUCGCCGACCGAUGCAUCCUCACGGUUGAAGCUGGCGGCGGCGGCCAUGGCUGCGUCUCCUUUUUGCGCGAGAAAUACAUUGAAGAAGGACCCGCCAAUGGCGGCGAUGGUGGUAGUGGAGGCAAUGUCUAUAUACAGGCAGUCCGCGGCGAGACGUCCCUGCACAAGCUCGCUCGACGGCGGCUGAUCAAGGCUGGCAGAGGCCGCAACGGGCAAGGCAAGGUGAAGGGUGGUGAGCGGGGGGCGGAUAUCCUUAUCACGGUGCCAAUUGGGACGAUUGUGCGCGAGAUACAGCGACAUGACCCAAUUGCGAUCAUGGAGGAAGAACAUUGGAAGAUGGAAUCAUACGAAGGAGAAGCGGAAGACUCGGAAGAAGGGAAGGGCGUCUACAGAAAAGACCGGUGGCUCGUCUUUCCCGGCACAAUACCCGCAGAGCUCAACAGGAUGAGAUUCCCAAAGCUCCCUCCACCCCGAAGAUCGCAUCUCGCAGCCCUCGAACCACAAGCGCCCAUGUGGCUGGACCUAGAUAAGCAUAUGGAGACACCUCUGUUGAUAGCUGCAGGCGCAAUGGGCGGCCUGGGUAACCCACACUUUAUGACGCCGUUCAACUCGAGGCCGAAGAUGGCUACGCGGGGAGAUGAAGGCUUGAAGAUCUCAUUGCAGCUUGAGUUGAAGAUACUGGCAGACCUGGGUCUCGUGGGCUUACCCAAUGCCGGGAAAAGCACACUGCUUCGAGCAUUGAGUAACAGCCGUGCUCGAGUGGGCAACUGGGCCUUCACGACCCUGCAACCGAACGUUGGCACCGUGGUGCUUGACAACCACAAGGGGCGGCCGUUAGUUUCAUCGCGCAAUCGGAACGGCGAGAUACGUGAAAACUUCACAAUUGCCGACGUACCAGGACUCAUUGAAGACGCACACCUCGAUAAAGGUCUUGGACUGGGCUUUCUACGCCACAUUGAGCGUGCAGCAGUCCUUGCCUUCGUCAUCGACCUGUCAGCUGGUGACGCGGUUGAAGCGCUUAAACUUCUCUGGCGCGAAGUCUCCGAAUACGAGUCUAUGCGUGGAAAAGAGCUCAACGCUGAGACGGAGCGCAGAAUGGUGACUUACCAGCCAGCUGGCAGUAGCCCACCACCCAGCGAUGAGUCCGAUUUGCCACACUUGGAUCCAUCUCCAGAGCCUCUCCCCUUCCUUACAUCUACGCCUAUUUCCUCCAAGCCCUGGUUCGUCGCCGCAACGAAGGCGGACUUGCCAGACACGCAAGCGAACUUUGAGGCUCUACGACGCUUUCUGGAGGAGGUGAGCAAAGGCUCGCAACCUCACCCUAGCGGCAAGAAGAAUGCAUGGAGGCACAAUGUACAGGCUGUGCCCAUAAGUGCGAUGCAAGGAGAGGGCGUGCAGGUCAUUCCGCAGCUGGUGAUGGACUUGUUGGAUGCAUAGACAGAGAUAAUGAUACCCUCUUCCCCAC